GUACGGAAAGAACAUCAUGAUGUCAAAUUGGCGGUCCUGAAACAGACGAAAGUCGAGAGUUUGAAAGGUGUCUAAACCAUGUCUACAAUGCCAGGCAUGUGGGCCGGUUUAACGCGAUAUGGGUGUGUUUUGGGGGCGGGAGCCGCACUGGGAUACGAGUGGAAACGACGCUCGCUUAUUGAGACCAAUAUCAUUGUUCCCAAAGAAACUCGGCUGAAUGCUCAAGUAUUGAAGUAUGGUUCUCCCAUGAGACUCAAUGCAGCGCCAUUAUGCUACAGCAACCACUGUCUCGAAUACGAUGGUUCUCGGAAAGUUCCCAUUUGGGUGGCCGAACACAUUUCCCGCGACAAAGUGAAUGGAUCGGUGGCGGAUCGGAAGAGGUCCAAGUUCAAACCCGACCCGGCUCUGGCCCAGUUGAUCCAGGCCAAUAACGACGACUUUUGGAACUCGGGAUGGAGCCGAGGUCACAUGGCACCGGCGGGAAACAAUAAACAUUGCCAACAAUCCAUGGACGAGACGUUCUUGCUCUCGAAUAUUGUGCCACAGGAUAUUGACAACAAUGGCGAUUUCUGGAACCGACUCGAGAUCUACUGCCGUGAUCUGACCAAAGUGUUUGACGAUGUGCACGUGAUCUGGCCUUUAUGGAUCCCCAAAGAGGCUGAACUGGAAGAAACUCCGCGAACGGAGCAAGUGGCUUCCAACCAAAAGAAUUGGAAGAGGAAACCGCACAAAGUCAUGAAGUACGAGGUGAUUGGCACGAAUGAGGUAGCUGUUCCGAGUCAUCUAUUCAAGGUCGUGUUAGGAACCAAAGCCAACGACCAAACGAAGACUGCCAACGUUCCCGCUCCUGUUUUGGCCGCCUUCAUUGUUCCCAACAAACCCAUUCCUAGAGAGAAAGCUCUGAUCGACUACAGAGUGUCCCUUGAGGACAUUGAAAAAAGAUUGGGAUAUCGGCUUCAUCCUUAUUUGGACCGAACCUCACUGGGAGAUUUAUGCGAAUUCGACGGAUGUCAAAUGAUGGAUUACCGCAAAUUCCAGACCUUCUACAUUGAGCGUGGAAUGAAAGGAGCACGGAAUCAGAAUGAACUGGAUCGGUAUUGGCGGAGAGCCAAGAAAUUGGAUUUGGUUACGCCGAGUUUGGAAGAACUGAAAGCUUCCAAGGAACUGGAGAUAGAUGCAAGCGAACGAAAGAAGGAGAGUGCUGCGGCCCCUGGAGGAUAAAAAUGCCGAUUAUCUCGAUCCUCUGAAACGAUUCCAAUUGACGUGUUCGUGUGGCAAUUAGUUGACGCUGAAUCGUGUGUGAUCAACUAUCGUUUUGUUUAUGUUUGUAAAUAUUUCAUUCUCA